GCCCCAGCAUUCUGGUUGUCAACAAAACCGAGGGGUGUAAGAUGGGAGACGCAGAGAACAACAAAACUUCUGAUGAAAUUAUAAAUGAGCUCUUCAACUCCCUAAAUGUCCCUUUGUCACCAAAAGUACAUGAACCAGAAGAUGAUGAUGUCGGAGAUGGUGAAGUUUGCAUAAAUGUUGGAGAUUCGGACAAUAGUGAAGAUGAGGGAAGUGACUCAAAGUCUAGUGAGAGUGAAGAGGAGACAAAAGAAACUGCAAAAAUAGUUGAAGAUAAGAUCCAAGUUGAAAAAACAGACAAGCGAAAAACACCAAAGAAGAAGAAGGAUAAAAAGAAAAAGAAGAAAAGGCGACGAAAAAAAGAAGAUGUGGGUAGACACAAACACAAAAAAAGGAAGAAAAAAGAGAUUAGUGAAGCUCCUGAAGAGAAUCAAGUCUCUACAAAUAUUUUACAGGAUAUUAAGGUCCGAAACCAGGCUUUAAUUGAGAAAAUAUUGGUACAGGAAGAAAUAAAAAAGGCUCAAUCACCAGAUGGCAAAGAAAAACAGAAGAAUAUGCUCAAAUCUCAAAGCCCCAAGUUGACUGAGCCUUCCUCCAAAAGUGUGGAACCUGACAACAGAAAGAGAAGGAAGUCAAGAUCAGAUUCAGACAGUAAAGAUGAGUCACAGGUGAAAUACCUUAAGACUGAUCAGACUGGAACCUCCAAGUCUUCCUCCCCAUCACAGUCACACUCUGUGAAUAACCAUCACUCAAGGUCACGAUCUGUCAGUAGAGUCAGACAAAGACAUUCUAAGUCAAGAUCAGUUUCACUUUCUAAACAGACAAGAUGUUCAAGAUCACAUUCCAAGACAAAGUCUUGGCAACAGAAGUCAGGAACAAGGUCACCCUCAAUAACAGAAAAACGUAAAAGACCCUCUCGGUCACAUUCAAGGUCAUUAACACCAAAACCAUCAAAAAGGCAAAGAUCCUCCAAGUCAUUUUCAAGGUCUUCAUCUCCGAAGCCCUCAUCAAGACGUAGAUCUAUGUCAAGAUUACGAAGGUCGAUAUCAGGAUCGCAAAGAAAGUCAAGAUCCAGAUCCAGAAGAAAAUCAAGAUCAAGAUCCCAUAGAAGAUCAGUGUCUAAAUCACAAAGAAGUUCUCGGUCAAGAUCCCGAAGGUCAAGGUCAAAUAACAGAAGAUCAAGGUCAAGAUCACGAAGGUCAGGGUCAAGGUCCCAGAGAAGAUCGUCAUAUUCUAAGGAACCAUUUGAUUUGUUUGAAAAAGCAAGAGAAAAAUGCAGCAAGAUUGCAGCACUGAAAAGUCAAAAUGCUCCAAAUAUUGACCUUAGUAGUAUACCAACUCCUGGGUCAGAAUCCAAGUCACGUAACAGUACUGGGGGUGUUAUUGCUCUGGAAAGCAUACCCCUUCCAAUCCCAGCCCCAACUGUUCCAGAUCCUAGUUCCAUCCCACUUCCUCAGCCACUGCUACAUUUGGAUGACUUACAGAAGAAUGAGGAGGUAAAAGGGGUAAAUGGUACUGGACUGGACCUGAAAACUAUCCCAGUUCCAGCCCCUUCUGGUGAUUCACCCUCUAAAGAACAGGACAACCUCAAGACAAAGGACAAUACUAAAAAUAAACAGGAAGAAGGAUCAGAAAAAGGAAAAACAAAGACAAUCAUCAUCAAGAGUCUAAAGGACAGCCUGGUCUUCCUGCAGGCUCAGGAGGAGGCUGAAAGGAGGGCUAAAGAAAUGGCUGACCAUCAGGGAAACAGCCCAGAUAAUGCAGAAGUGGACAUUGAUUCUGAUGUAGAGAACAUAAUAGAACAGGAAGAAGAGGGAGAGAUAGAAGAAGCUGUGGAGGAUAAUGAUGAAAACUUAGUGUUAGCUGCGGAGUGUGAUUUAAAAGUGGAGACUGAAGGCAUAGAUCAGGCAAAGAAAGAGGUGGAAGAGAAAAAGGAAGCAACAGGAAACAACAAAGAAACAGACAGUGUGGAAAAAAAGAACGUUGAGAUACUGGUCACUCAAGAUAUGAAAAAUGGAGAGAAGGAGGACGACACAAUGAAUGGAAUGGAGGAGGGUGAAAUAGCCAGUGAAGAUGAGGAAGUAGAAAGUAAGCCAUCUGCAAAGUCACACAGUAAAAAAAAGUCAAGAAAAGGUAAAAGUAAGCCUAAAGAGAAGAGGAAGUCCAAGAAAGACAAGGAAAAGAACAAGGAUGAGAAGAAGAGAGGGCGUGAUAGAAGCAGAAGCCGGGAAAGAGACAAAACCAGAUCACGAUCAAGGGAAAAGCAUAAAUCUAGACGGCAUUCAAGCACUCAUACUAAGGAGCGGGAUCAUGACCGGCGACACAGGAGACACUCUCGUUCUCACUCAAGGGAACGUUCAGCAAGAUCACAUCGCAAAAGUUACUCCAGGUCACGCUCAAGGUCCAAAUCUCGCUCAAGAAGACGGCGGGAUCCUACAGCAGACCUCAGGGACAAGGUGACAAGAAAGCGUCUACUAGAGAUAGCUCGCCGUAACGCAGUGUACCUGAUGCAGAAUGGUUGUCUGCCCCCGAGUGUGGAGCAGGAACAGCUGGUCAAAAUUAAGGCUGGUGGCAAGAGUGUAGAUGAGCUCACAGAUUUCUGCAAACAGUUGGUGGCCAGUGGUAACUACAGUGAUGUUGAUCUGAGUGAUCCAUCUUUAAGUUCUGGGGAAGAAAAUGACACUACUGACAAACCUUUCAGCAAUACUCGUCACCCCUUCAGUGUGCGAGACACCAAGCCAAUACUAAUGAAUAUUCGGAAUGCUCCUAUGCUCCCAACAAAGACAAAUGCAGAGAGAUUAGCUGGUCAGGCAAAGCUUCGCGAGCAGUUCCCAGUGUCCAGUGGAUCCCAACAUCGGACAAAAGGGGAAUUGACUAGCAGUGACGGAAAGCAUCAAACAGAGAGUGACUGGGUUCCUGUUCCUCCUAAGGAGAAGAAAGAGGAGGACAAAGUGUUUCCUCAAUCAGAACCUCCGGCUGUGGACAUCUCUCAGAUAGUUUCAACAAGAUUGAGUGCCAUGCGGAAGCUGCAGGACAAUCCUCAUGAUAGUGAAGCUAUAAAGACUCUUCACAAUGUGCAGAAGGAGAUGCAGAAUUGGGCCCUGAGUAAGCAGGAGCCAGGUCAGUUCACAGGGACAACUGGGGUGAAGGUUUUGUCUCAGGAAGAACUAUCAGCAGGCCAUCAAGCCUGGGCCAGGAAGGAACAGUUCAAGGAAGCCGCACCUGUGAGGCCACAAUUUGGACUCAAGAUGCUACAGAAAAUGGGCUGGUCACCAGGGGAAGGGCUGGGUAAGAACAAGGAGGGAACAAUUGAACCUUUGCUGCUGGAUGUGAAGAUGGACAAAAAGGGGUUUCAUGCUCAAGAAGAACUCACUCCAAAGAAACAACCAAUACCACUGGCUAAGGAUCUUUCUGGAAAGCAUCCAGUUUCAGCCUUGGUUGAACUGUGCUCAAAGCGAAAGUGGUCUCCACCUGAUUUUGAGAUGGUUUUUGACUGUGGCCCAGACCACAAAAAGAAUUUCCUCAUGAAGGUGAUGGUGAAUGGGCAAGAAUUUAAACCAUCAGUAGCAGCAUCAACCAAGAAAAUGGCAAAAGCAAAUGCUGCAGCAGCAUAUCUUCAGUCCCUUGGCCUCUUUCCCAAGGAUCCAAAUAACCCACUGCUAUAGGUACUGGCUACCUGUUACUUUUUAUUGCAUCUGAUUUGGAACACUUGCUAGUAUCAAUAAUCUGGCUUUAUAUUGCAAACUCUUGUUUGAUAAUGAUAUUAAGUUAAAUAAUAUAAGUGUCCAUUAUGUACAAAUAUAGGAUAAAAGAGUUUUCUUCCUUAAUGCUACGUAAUAUCACCAUCCAGACACAUAUCAUCUAGCAUCGUUGGUGAAGCUUUUAUUGUAAAAUUUCUUUCAGCAUCAAUUGUUUUAAAAUUUUAAAACUUAGUUCUUUAGGCACCCUUUAUAAAUGUGUGUAGUGCUGGAGAAAGAAGGUAACAUUAUUGAAUUUCAUUAUGAUUAAUUACAGAAACAAACCUAAGAGCAUACUGUACAUCAGUACCAAACAUGUUGCUGGUAUUGGUGUUAAAUAGGGCCAUAAGUAUUCUGGCAGUAUAAUGCAAGGUUAAGUAUGUUUUUUAGUUUUGCACAUCCUGUACUGUAGUAGUGCUCUCUAUACCUUGUCAGAAUUCUGAUGUUUUUUCAUAACUUUGGUAUAAUGAAUCUUUGCAGAAUGUGAAUCAUUUAUCUUUACUUUACUGUACAGUAUCCCCAAAAAGUAUCUACGGUAUCUACACUGUGAAACAAUUUGAGACCACAGAUGAUAGAUAUUGGGACAUGCAUUUACUUUGGUAUAUAGUUUAACAUGAGUAAUGCAAUGUUUGCUGAAUUUAUUUUGGUGUAAUUAAUACGAUGUUCAGUUACCAAAUGUAGUAGGAUUGGUAUGCCAUGCAUACCAACCCUCCUAGGACAUCAUGAGUUGCAUGUUGCAUUAUAGAAGUCAUCGAACCCCCUCCUGACAGAUAAUUUUUUAGAUACAGUAAAUAUUAUAAUAAAAUUCAGAGAAGUGUCUCUUAAUUAAGUAAAGCACUGAAGUUUGUUUGUUUAGAUUACAUGAAGUUCUACAACUGUAGGAGAUUUACACGCAAUGUGUUGAAGAAAGAAAAUAAUUGGAUUUGGAGCUGUUAGUUAUUUAGCCAUAUAAAACUUAUAUUGCAUCCCAAAUUAUUGCUAUACUUUUGUUUUCUUAUUUAUUCCCCUUCCAGUUGAAAAAUGCAAUAUAGAAUUUAUGACCAGUGUUCUUCCGUCCAUCUGUGAUCAGGCACAAUGUUCAAGUGACGGUACAACUCUGCCAAGCAUGAGGUACUGUAUUAUAGAAACAUGGCUUAUAUUGUAUGGAGUAAAUUUCAGUUUAUUUGAAAUAGUCAUCCACCAAUUAUGUAUGGCACGUACUUUCAAAACCGACAAUUUGGCUUGUGAUCCAUAUACAGUAUCAGACAGCAGGAAGUCACAUGCUGGUAGGGGAUACUAUUAUGAAACUAUACAUCUGUUAGCAAAUAAUUUACAGAUUUUCUUUAUGUUACUCAUGUUUCAUUGACUACAAAUUAUACUCUUUGUAUUAAAAGUUAAGAAGUAAAACUGUAAUAAUCAAAUGUUCUACAUGUAGAUACAGUAUACAUUUUGAGCAUAAUAUAUGUAUGAAAUGUAAAAUUGUAUAAAGAAACUUGAAAUAUC